AUGGUCACCCGCAAAGCCACCCACGCCGGCUCCUGGUAUACGGACAAUAAACAGCUCCUAUCGCAGCAACUCGACGGCUGGCUCGCAGACGUUCCUGCUACCACCACGCCUAUCGGCUCCGUUUCCUCACAGCAGGGCCAAGUCUCAAUACCGACGCCGGAUGCGCGAGCCAUCAUCGCCCCGCAUGCCGGAUACUCGUACUCAGGGCCUGCUGCUGCAUGGGCCUACAAGAGCGCUGACUGGGCGAAUGCCAAACGUGUUUUCCUCCUCGGCCCCUCCCACCACUACUAUCUCGCUGGCGCUGCGACAACAGGCUGCGACAAGUACCGUACACCGCUCGGCGACCUCACGAUAGACAGAGACCUGGUGGAGGAGAUACAGCAAGACUGGGAUCUGGAAAUCAUGUCAAAGGGAACCGACGAGGACGAACACAGCUUAGAGAUGCACCUGCCCUACAUUUACAAGAUGUUGUCGCUCAAGAACACGAGCUUCCAGAACGACUCGAAAUCUGUUCCUCUGGUUCCUAUCAUGGUCGGCAAUACUGAGGCAGCCCUCGAAGCAUACUAUGGUUCUAUGCUCGCUCCCUAUCUCUUCGAUCCCCACAAUGUCUUCGUCAUAUCAUCUGACUUCUGUCACUGGGGGUCCCGUUUCCGGUACACGUACUACCAGCCGCCCGACGGUUCAGCGGCAACCCACCUGAAGUCAAGCUCUGCUGUGCCGAGCGACUACCCCAUACACGAAAGCAUUGCCGCUGUCGAUCACGAGAGUAUCGACGCUGUGGAGAGUAGGUCACAUAAACGAUUCUUAGACCAGCUCAAGAAGACGGGCAACACCGUGUGCGGAAGACAUCCGAUCGGCCUGUUCAUGGCCGCGGUAGAGAAGGCAGGUGAGCUACGUGAAUUAGGUGAAGGAAAGGGCACAUUCAAGUUCCUGCGAUAUGAGAGGAGCAGUCUGGUCGAGGGUGUGCAGCAUAGCAGUGUAUCGUACUGCAGUGCUUUCGCAGUGCUGUAG